UGGUUGGAGUUGGGGGGGGGAGAGAGCCGCGUGUUUCCAGGUCACGGGGUCGGGCUGCCCACGAGGAAAACGAUGGCGGAGUCGGCCGACAAGCUGUACCGGGCCGAGUACGCCAAGAGCGGGCGCGCGUCUUGCAAGAAAUGCAGCGAGAGCAUCCCCAAGGACUCGCUGCGCAUGGCCAUCAUGGUGCAGUCACCCAUGUUUGAUGGGAAAGUCCCGCACUGGUACCACUUCUCCUGCUUCUGGAAGGUUGGCCACUCCAUUCUGCAGCCCGAUGUCGAGGUGGAUGGCUUCUCUGAGCUACGCUGGGAUGACCAGCAGAAAGUGAAGAAGACAGCGGAGGCUGGUGGUGUGACAGGCAAAGGCACAAAUGGAGCUGGUGGCAAAGCUGAGAAGACACUGGGGGACUUCGCGGCCGAGUACGCCAAGUCCAACAGAAGCACAUGCAAAGGCUGCAUGGAGAAGAUCGAAAAGGGUCAGGUGCGCCUGUCCAAGAAAAUGGUGGACCCAGAGAAGCCACAGCUGGGCAUGAUUGACCGCUGGUACCACCCAGACUGCUUUGUGAAGGACAGGGAGAAGCUGGGUUUCCGGCCUGAGUACAGCGCCAGCCAGUUCCUGGGCUUCAGCCGCCUUAAUCCAGAGGACAAGGACACUCUCAAGAAGCAGCUUCCAGCAAUAAAGAGUGAAGGAAAGAGAAAGGGCGAUGAGGUGGAUGGAAUGGAUGAGGUGACCAAGAAGAAAUCUAAGAAAGAAAAAGAAAAGGACAGUAAACUCGAAAAGGCCCUCAAGGCCCAGAACGACCUGAUCUGGAACGUCAAGGAUGAGUUGAAGAAAGUGUGUUCCACCAAUGACCUGAAAGAGCUGCUCAUCUUCAAUAAGCAGCGAGUGCCAUCUGGAGAGUCGGCGAUCCUGGACCUCGUGGCUGAUGGCAUGGUGUUUGGGGCCCUUCUGCCCUGUGAAGAGUGCUCGGGCCAGCUGGUCUUCAAGAGCGAUGCCUAUUACUGCACCGGCGACAUCACUGCCUGGACCAAGUGUCUGGUCAAGACACAGACACCAAACCGGAAGGACUGGGUGACCCCAAAGGAAUUUCGAGAAAUUGCUCACCUCAAGAAAUUAAAAGUCAAGAAGCAGGACCGAAUAUUCCCCCCAGAACCCAGUGCUCCGGCAGUGGCAGCAGCGGCUCCCCCUGUCUCCACAACCCCGGCACCUGUGAACUCUGUUCCACAAGAUAAACCUUUGUCCAACAUGAAGAUUCUGACACUGGGGAAACUGUCUCAGAACAAGGAGGGCCUGAAGGCCACCAUCGAGAACCUGGGGGGGAAGAUAACAGGAACAGCCAACAAGGCCUCUCUCUGCAUCAGCACAAAAAAGGAAGUAGAAAAGAUGAGCAAGAAGAUGGAGGAGGUGAGGGAAGCUAACAUUCGGGUCGUGUCUGAGGAUUUCCUCCAGGAUGUCUCUGCCUCAACCAAGAGCCUUCAGGAACUGCUGUCAGCUCACGUCUUGUCCCCCUGGGGGGCUGAGGUGAAGGCAGAACCCAUCGAAGUUCCUGUCUCGAAGGCAAAGUCAGGGGCUCCACAAAGCAAGAAGAGCAAGGCCCCCAUCAAGGAGGAAGGAAUGAACAAGUCUGAGAAAAGGAUGAAGUUAACACUGAAGGGUGGGGCUGCUGUGGAUCCUGAUUCUGGUCUGGAGCAUUCAGCACAUGUGCUGGAGAAGAGCGGCAAGGUGUUCAGUGCCACGCUGGGCCUGGUGGACAUCGUCAAGGGCACCAACUCCUAUUACAAGCUACAACUCCUAGAGGGUGACAAGGAGAGCAGGUACUGGAUAUUCAGGUCUUGGGGCCGUGUGGGCACCGUGAUUGGCAGCAAUAAACUAGAGGAGAUGCCAUCCAAAGAGGAUGCUGUUGAGCAUUUUAUGAAACUAUAUGAAGAAAAAACUGGGAAUGACUGGCAUUCCAAAAACUUCACAAAGUAUCCCAAAAAGUUCUACCCUCUGGAGAUUGAUUAUGGCCAGGAUGAGGAGGCGGUGAAGAAGCUGACUGUGAACCCUGGCACCAAGUCAAAGCUCCCCAAGCCAGUACAGGAGCUAAUCAAGAUGAUCUUCGAUGUGGAGAGCAUGAAGAAGGCCAUGGUGGAGUACGAGAUUGACCUUCAAAAGAUGCCCUUGGGGAAACUGAGCAAAAGGCAGAUCCAGGCUGCGUAUUCCAUCCUCAGUGAGGUCCAGCAGGCAGUAUCCCAGGGUAGCAGCGAUUCUCAGAUCCUGGACCUGUCCAACCGCUUCUACACGCUCAUCCCCCAUGACUUCGGAAUGAAGAAACCACCUCUCCUGAGCAAUGCAGACAGUGUGCAGGCCAAGGUGGAGAUGCUCGACAACCUGCUGGACAUCGAAGUGGCCUACAGCCUGCUCAGGGCUGGCUCUGAUGACACCAGCAAGGACCCCAUUGACGUCAACUAUGAGAAGCUCAAAACUGACAUCAAGGUGGUGGACAAAGACUCUGAAGAAGCUGAAACCAUCAGGAAGUAUGUCAAGAACACACAUGCAACCACACAUAAUGCCUAUGACCUGGAAGUCCUGGAUAUAUUCAAGAUCGAGCGGGAAGGGGAGAACCAGCGCUACAAGCCUUUCAAGCAGCUGCAUAACCGGAGGCUGCUGUGGCACGGCUCCAGGACUACUAACUUUGCGGGCAUCCUGUCCCAGGGCCUGCGGAUAGCCCCGCCAGAAGCACCUGUGACAGGCUACAUGUUUGGGAAGGGAAUCUACUUCGCAGACAUGGUGUCUAAGAGUGCCAACUACUGCCACACAUCUCAGGGAGACCCCAUCGGCUUGAUCCUGCUGGGAGAAGUUGCUCUCGGGAACAUGUAUGAACUGAAGCAUGCCUCACACAUCAGCAAGUUACCCAAGGGCAAGCACAGUGUCAAAGGUUUGGGCAAAACAACCCCUGAUCCUUCAGCCAGUAUUACCAUGGAUGGUGUCGAGGUGCCUCUGGGUAACGGCAUUUCUUCGGGUGUUAACGACACCUGCCUUCUAUAUAAUGAGUACAUCAUAUAUGAUAUUGCUCAGGUAAACUUGAAGUAUCUGCUGAAGCUGAAGUUCAAUUUUAAAACAUCCCUGUGGUGAACAGAGCUGCGGCCUGGUUGCCGCCAGCGACUGGUGCAGACUCCCGAUGAGGCCCACACGGCCUCUCCCGGGCCACUGAGGGGACAGACACGAUUAAAUCUCCUUAGCAAAGAUUUGACAGGAUCACAUGGUCACAUGUUCAACUUCCCCAGCUUUUCAAGUCUUUUGUGUUGGUUUGGGGGGUGGGGGUUUAGGGUUCUUUGCCUGCCAGCCAUAACCCUGGUAGGUACAAUUGACAGUAGAAGUAAAGUUGGGGAAUGGUGCUGUUCUCUUCUGUUUUUUUGUUUUGUUUUGUUUUGUUUUUCUUGUGUUCACUCACUUUCAGUUUUGAUUUUGGAAACAUGUUAAACCUUUUAUGUUCAGGUUAAGAAUAAAAUCUAAUUUCAUACUA